UUGUUGCAGAACGGCGGUGCCAAAGACGGAUUGGACAUGAACUUGGCGCCCGCUUGGCAAAAAGGAUACACUGGGAAGGGAGUUGUCGUGUCAAUUUUGGACGACGGCAUCCAAACCAACCAUCCGGAUCUGGCGCAAAACUAUGACCCUCUGGCCAGCACGGACAUUAAUGGGAACGACGAUGACCCGAUGCCGCAGGACAACGGCGAUAACAAACACGGUACGCGGUGCGCCGGAGAGGUCGCCGCAGUCGCCUACAACCAAUUUUGCGGGAUAGGCGUCGCCUAUAACGCCAGCAUAGGAGGUGUUCGAAUGUUGGAUGGGGUUGUCAACGAUGCCGUGGAAGCCCGUGCUCUGGGUCUAAAUCCGGAGCACAUUGACAUCUACAGCGCUUCGUGGGGACCGGAGGAUGACGGCAAGACGGUAGAUGGACCCGGACCGCUGGCAAGAAGAGCCUUCAUCUACGGAGUAACUAGCGGACGUAAGGGUAAAGGUUCCAUUUUCGUGUGGGCCUCGGGAAAUGGCGGAAGACACACCGAUUCUUGCAAUUGUGAUGGUUAUACCAACAGUAUUUUUACCCUUAGUAUUUCUAGUGCCACUCAAGGGGGUUACAAACCUUGGUACUUGGAAGAAUGCUCGUCGACAUUGGCUACCACGUACAGUUCCGGAACGCCAGGUCACGAUAAAAGCGUCGCGACGGUAGACAUGGACGCCCGCCUUCGACCCGACCACAUCUGCACCGUGGAACACACAGGAACGUCGGCGUCUGCACCUUUAGCCGCCGGUAUUUGCGCUUUAGCUUUGGAAGCUAACCCUAGCCUAACCUGGAGGGACUUGCAAUAUUUGGUUGUGUUGACUUCGAGAGCGAGCCCAUUGGAAAAAGAAAAUGGUUGGAUUUUGAAUGGAGUUAAGCGCAAAGUUUCGCAUAAGUUUGGUUAUGGUUUAAUGGAUGCCGGCGCGUUGGUGAGUUUGGCGGAGAAAUGGACCACGGUUCCUCCACAACAUAUUUGCAAAAGCCAGGAGGUUUUGGAAGACCGUCAAAUAUCACCUGAAUUUGAAUCCACUCUAAACCUAUUUAUGGAUGUGGAUGCUUGUGGCAACACCCUCAACGAAGUGCACUUUUUGGAGCACGUGCAAUGCAAAAUAUCCCUGAGAUUCUUCCCUCGUGGUAACUUGAGAAUAGUGUUGACAUCACCAAUGGGCACCACAUCAACUCUGCUCUUCGAAAGGCCGCGUGACGUAGUAAGUUCCAACUUUGACGACUGGCCAUUCUUGUCCGUCCACUUUUGGGGAGAAAAAGCCGAAGGUCGCUGGCAUUUGCAGAUCAAAAACGCUGGAACCAGACACGUAAACCAACCAGGACUGCUCAAAAAAUGGCAAUUGAUCUUCUACGGCACCUCUGUCAACCCAAUCCGUCUAAGGCCAAGCAACGGUCCCAGAUCCACUCCGUGGAGAACACCCUUGAACAGUUUCACUUUCCCAACGCAGCAGCCGGCGCAAGAACCGACCAACAAAUUCUUCGACAGCGAUUUAUUCAGGAACUUCAAUAACUUCCAGAACAUUUACUCCUUUUCUGGUUCGGAUCCCGAAGUGGCAGUGAGUUCUCUGGACGGAAAGAAGACUAAAGUAAGAGAAAACAGUAGGAAUAGUAUUGAUAACGAUGAAGAAACUAAGAACAAUUGCGACGAGCAAUGUGAUGACCAAGGAUGUUUUGGAAAGGGACCAACCAAAUGUAUAGCCUGUAACAACAAGCGUAUGGAUAAAAAUUGCGUAAGUACCUGCCCUCCAAGAAGUUACUCCGACUCCCAAAAUGUUUGCCAACCUUGCCAUGAAGCCUGCGACACUUGCACAGGACCAGACCAAAGAAGCUGCGUGGCUUGUUCGCCAGGUCAUGUUAGAGUCACCGAUCUAGAUAUUUGUCUUCAGCAGUGCCCCGAUGGAUAUUUUGAAAAUUUCAACGACAAAUCUUGCACUCCUUGCCAACCAAACUGCGUUGGAUGCCAGGACAGACCUGACCAUUGCACAAGCUGUGAUCACCAUCUGCUUUUGUUCCAAAAUAGAUGCGUUGCUGCUUGCCCAUCCAACACCUUUGAAACAGACGAUUACAAUUGCGCUCCUUGCCACGACUCCUGCGAGACCUGCAAAGGUUCCAACAGCUCUCAGUGCGUUACCUGCAAGCAGGGUUUCUACUGGUACGACGGCAGAUGCGUUCGGGACUGUCCCGCGCAUCAUUACGCCGACAACCACCAGAGGGAGUGCGUCGAAUGUCCACCGGGUUGCAGCGAAUGCAACCAGACCACCUGCAUCUCCUGUCUGGACGAUUGGAAGGUGAACAUCAAGGGACGAUGCGUCUCUACUAACAACGAAAAGUGUGGAAAUGACGAAUAUUUCGAGAACGGCCAAUGCAAACAUUGCCAUUCGACUUGCGACACCUGUGACGGUCCCACCGAAAAAGCCUGCCUCACCUGCGCAAGUCCGUUCAUCUUGCAAGGCACCCGGUGCGUCGCACAGUGCGACGAAGGGUUCUUCAAGGAAAAAGACGGCCGUCUGUGCGAACCCUGCGUGCACACGUGCCUGAAAUGUGUUGCAAAAACUAACUGCACCAUUUGCCGACUUGGACUGCACUUACAAAACGGCGAAUGCCACACGACGUGCUCGAACGGUUACUACAGCGACAAAGGCGUCUGUCUGAGGUGCUACAUGAGCUGCAGGACAUGCGGGGGUCCCAGUCAAGAUCACUGCGUCAGCUGUCCCAACGGCUGGCAGCUGCUCAGCGGCGAGUGCAGGCCGGACUGUCCCGAGGGAUACUACAAGACCGAGUACGGAUGUCAGAAGUGCCAUUAUAAUUGCAGAAAUUGCGGAGGGUGUAAAAUGCAGGAGGAUAAACGAAAAAUAGACGUGGAAGCUCUGCUGUUAUCCGCCCAACCAGUAUCCACUCUACAAAUAGUCAAUCCAUUUAAUUUUAUCACCGGACUCGCUAUAAUUGCAUGCCUUUGCAUCAUUAUACUAUUUAUUGUUAUAUUUAUUGUUUUACAGAGAAACAGUGUACAGGCUACACAAAGAGGAUACAGCAGGGUGUCGAUAAAGAAACCAAAAGUCACAUGUAACUAUAACGUGGUGGCUGUGAGCGAUGGCGAAUCGAGCGACUCUGACAGUUCGGCCGGGCGCAAGCUGAUCACGCCCAAACCCGAAAGAACUGCAUGUUAA